GUGCAAAAAAAAAGAAAAAAAAAUUGGCGCUUGUUGCCUGUCCGAGAUCCCAUCCAACCCUCAUUAAGAAACUCCGCCAGUGACUUUGGUCUUUGUAUCAGCAUUUUUUGGGUCUCCUUCUGUUAAAUACUCAUUGACGUUUUCUCCUAAUCUUCCUUUUGUAUUCGCUUACAGUAUGGCUUCACCACAACCGUUAGCGCUUCUGCGUGAUUACACUUGUCAAAAUAAGCCCAUUACAUUACUUGAUGAAAACGAAAAGCCUGUCGCGUCGGUUGCUGACGCAGCGAUAAUGGCGUUCGAUAACCAUCGGUUUCCUCGACAGACCGCUACGCAUCUGAAAAAAAGCGCCAGUAGCCACGACACAUAUACCUUGGACACACUUUUAUUUCUUAUCCAGAAUGCCACAGUGGACAACAGUGCGUAUUUCAAAGAAUGCCGAGCUCACAAAAUGGAGCAUGUCUCCAUUGUCGACAAAAAGAAAAUCUUGGAUUACCUGACCGGCAAAAUCGACACCUUACCGAACUUGGAGGAAGCGGGCACACCUGAAAAACGAGCCAGAGACGAAGCCGCGGUGACGACGGCGAGCAAAAAGGCCAAAGUGGCACCUUUGAAAGCACACGACGAUCUGGUGAAGGAAGUCUUGGGACGAGAACGGGAAUUGGUCACUCGAUCUUCUAUUUUACGAGGCACCAAGAACUUUGAGAAUGCUGCUAUUCUUGUGUCCAAACUUGUAUUAAACAAAGAUAUCGCCCCCCGUUCAAGUACCAUGGGGAAACCCGGAGCAGCACCGUUGUCUUCUCAACGGCCAACGAUGCCUUCGCGAUCAACAUCUUCAUCGCACAACAAAGCACACAAACUGUCCAAACAAGAUAAAAUCCCAUUAAUCAUUGUCCCGGCCGCAGUGACCGCAAAAUUCACGUUAUAUAAUAUCAAGCAAUUCCUGGAAAAUCAACAGUUCGUGGACGCAACCCAGAUGCGAGAGGAAGGAUUAAAGAAACCAGAUCGGGUCACCAUUGAACGUCGAAAGCCCAAUGGACAAAUCGUGCCUUACCACGUGGUGGAUUCUGUUGCAGGGUUCAAACCAACGGAUUGGGACCGUGUGUGCUGCGUGUUUGUAGCUGGUCAACAAUGGCAGUUCAAAGGCUGGAAAUGGGAAAAACCGGUCGAUUUGUUUAGCAACGUAAAAGGCUUUUAUCCCAAAUGGAGUUCGGACGAGACAAACAGCACCGUAUCAAAGUGGGCCGUCACUGAACUCAAGAUUCAUCGUCACAAGCGACAUAUGGAUAAAGCGGUCGUAUCACAAUUUUGGGACGAUCUCGACUCCUACAUAGCCACGCAUAAACCCUACCUCAAUUUCUAAAAAAAAAAAAACGAUAGAGUAUAUAACACGUUUUUGGGGGGAUUUACAAAUGAGCCAUGUAUUUUCAGAUGAAUAGGAUGCAGCGUCAUGAUACAUAUAAAAGGAAAUGA